UUGGGGUAGAGGAGUGUGGGCUCCUUUCCUCUCCUGACUUGGCUCCAACUCUCUCCUAGUCAACAUGAGUCGACAGUUUAGCUCUAGGUCUGGGUUCCGGAGUGGAGGGGGCUUCAGCUCUGGCUCUGCCGGAGUGGUCAGCUUCCGGCGCAGGAUGACUAGCAGCUCCGUCCGCCAUGGUGGGGGAGGUGGCGGGAGAUUUUCAGGGGGAAGAUGUGGCGGUGGCGGUGGGGGUGCUGGUGGCGGUGGUUUUGGAAGUCGAAGCCUUGUUAACCUUGGUGGCAGUAAAAGCAUCUCCAUAAGCGUGGCCGGAGGAGGACGUGGUGGUUUUGGUGGUGGUGGCUUUGGGGGUGGUUUUGGCAGUGGAGGUGGUUUCGGUGGAGGUGGUUUCGGUGGCAGUGGUUUCGGUGGAGGUGGUUUUGGUGGCGGUGGUUUUGGUGGCGGUGGUUUUGGUGGAGGUGGUUUCGGUGGAGGUGGUUUUGGUGGCAGUGGUUUCGGUGGAGGUGGUUUUGGUGGAGGGAGUUUUGGGCCUGUCUGCCCCCCCGGUGGCAUCCAGGAAGUCACCAUCAACCAGAGUCUUCUGCAGCCCCUCAAUGUGGAGAUUGACCCUGAGAUUCAAAAAGUAAAGUCUCGAGAAAGGGAGCAAAUCAAGACACUCAACAACCAAUUUGCCUCCUUCAUUGACAAGGUGAGGUUCCUGGAGCAACAGAACCAGGUGCUGCAAACAAAAUGGGAGCUGCUGCAGCAGGUUGAUACCUCCACGCGGACCCACAGCUUAGAGCCCUACUUUGAGUCCUACAUCAGCAGUCUUAGAAAUAGAGUGGACCAGCUGAAGAAUGACCAGUCUCGGAUGGAUUCGGAAUUGAAGAAUAUGCAGGACCUGGUGGAAGACUACCGAAACAAGUAUGAGGAUGAGAUCAACAAGCGGACAAAUGCAGAAAAUGAAUUUGUGACCAUUAAGAAGGAUGUGGAUGCUGCUUAUAUGGCCAAGGUGGAUCUUCAGGCCAAAGUUGACAACUUGCAGCAGGAGACUGAUUUCUACAGAGCACUCUAUGAAGCAGAGUUGGCCCAGAUGCAGACUCAUAUCAGCGAAACCAAUGUCAUCCUGUCCAUGGACAACAACAGGAACCUGGACCUGGACAGCAUCAUCUCUGAGGUCAAGGCUCAGUAUGAGGAGAUUGCCCAGAAGAGCAAGGCCGAGGCCGAGGCGCUCUACCAGACCAAGUAUGAAGAGCUACAGAUCACUGCUGGCAAACAUGGGGACAGCCUGAAAAGUACAAAGAUGGAGAUUUCUGAACUGAAUCGGAUGGUCCAGAGACUGCGAUCUGAGAUCGAUAGUGUCAAGAAGCAGAUCUCUGCGCUGCAGCAAUCCAUCAGCGAUGCCGAGCAGCGUGGUGAGAACGCCCUCAAAGAUGCCCAGAACAAGCUGGCCGAGCUGGAGGAUGCCCUGCAACAGGCCAAGGAGGACAUGGCCCGGCUGCUGCGUGACUACCAGGAGCUGCUGAAUGUCAAGCUGGCCCUGGAUAUGGAGAUCGCCACCUACAGAACCCUUCUGGAAGGAGAGGAAAGCAGGAUGUCUGGAGAGUGUUCCCCGAAUGUGAGCGUGUCGGUGAACACCAGCCACACCACCAUCAGUGGAGGUGGUGGCCGAGGAGGCGGAGGUUUCGGCUCCGGCGGCGGCGGAGGAGGCGGCGGCUAUGGCUCUGGAGGCGGCUAUGGCUCCGGAGGUGGCAGUUACGGCUCUGGAGGUGGCAGCUACAGCUCUGGAGGUGGCGGCGGCUUCGGUUCCGGUAGCAGCAGUGGGGGCCACCGAGGCGGCUCUGGAGGGGGCGGCCGGGGUUCCGGCGGGAGCUCUGGAGGCAGUUUCAGUUCGUCUGGAGGCCGGGGAUCCAGCUCUGGGGGUACUAAGACCUCUGGUGGCAGUUCCAGCGUGAAGUUUGUUUCCUCCAGCUAUUCCAGAGUGAUCAGAUAAAGAGGCGUCCUCUGUCCUGUUAGCGCUCCCUCUCCAUCACUACCAAACACGCUUGGCAAGACCAAGGUCAGUUGCCCCCGGCCUUACUGGAGAAAAGAGCUAUCAUGAGUUACACUGAUUCACCCUAGUUCCCAGGCUCUUUCCUUUCUUCUCUGCUUCCCAAAGAAGUUUUUAGACCAGUGGCAAUCUCAGUCCUCCUGGCUAUGACCCUGCUGUGUGCUUUGCCUGAGAAACAGUUCAGCAAUCACCACUGCACACAUUACAUUUCAAAGCACCUCCUUAAGUCGGCCAGAGGAGGGCUGGUUAGAACCACGGCUUCUUUGCUGUGCAUGGAGCACAUGCUCUGGACACUUCCUUAGUAUCCUAUUUCUUGGAGCAAGCUCUGUGCUGCUUUGGUUUUGUAUAUAAGGUGUGAGCAAGUUGAUUGUCUUUUGUGGAGAGGUCUUAAACUCCCCGCUUCCCUGUAUUGCUGCAAUAAACCGCAUUUGAAAUUC